AUUUUAUGUAAUAAAUGCUUUCCCUAAAAAAGGAUACAUAAAGAGGAUCAUUUGUAGCAAAUACGCCUUUAACACCAAGAAGUUAGACUUCAAGGAAAAGCUCUUUAUUGAAUAAACAAUCUUUUGAGUAAUAGGAACUAUAUUCAUCAAGAAGAAUAGGUUUGAACCUAAAAGACCCUUAAGUACUGAAUUAAUGUUUAAUUUGAUAGAAAGUUGAAGAAAUGAUAAAAAUUAGAUAAUAAAGAUUACCUCGAAAAGAGGCAACAAAAGAUGGUGAGAAAGAUCUUAGAGAAAUAUCAAAAGCAUAUGAUGUAUUAAAAAAUGCUUUACCAGAAAUAAAUAAUAAUUAUGGGGUAAUAAAGGAUUAAGAACUUCUAUAAUUUUAUAAAUAAUAGAUAGUGAUAAACUAAAAUCCAAGAAAAAACUUUUUUGAGUUCAACACAUACUUUUAUAAGAAUUAUUAAGCAAACAAUAAUGGUCCUUGUACAACAUUACCUUAAUUAUUAAUAAAAAAAGUAGAAUCAUUUUAAAACAAAUUGGAAUAAUUAAUAAAGGAAAGAUGAAUAAAGAGAGUUGGAAUCUAAAAGAUUUAUUUAUUAUGUAUAUUUUGAA